AGGAAAAUGGCGUUGACUAAUAUAAGGCUGCUGCGAUUUUGAAGCGACUAAAAUAAGAAACUGCUUUGGUUUAAAAGACUGGCUUGAUGUUUUUAAAAUCAUUUUGUGGUAAAUGUCAAAGGGAGGAUCUUCUCUCAGACUGAAAGCCGCCGGACUGAAGGUUUGUUGCUGGGCUCUUUUAAUUCUGUGGCUUUAGCUGACAUAUGCCACAGGUUUUCUUGACCCAUGGACUUAACACCAGUCUUCAAAAGGAGGUCUUCUGACACCUCCUCCCCAGUUGGAGUUGGAGAGACAGCCAGGAGCCCUCCUCUCUGCUCACCCUCCUUAUCUCCCUCAUCUCCUUCCUCUUCUCCAUCCUCACCCUUGUCUACAUCCUCCUCUUUCUGUGCCACCUCGUCAGCCUAUCAAAAUGAUGUAAAAAGUCAGAAAGAGGUAGCCAGGGUGUCUUCCUCUUCAGCUUUGUUAACUAGACAGCCUCUCUCCACUCCACCGUUCAGCACCACCUCUGUGGAUUUCUUUCCUCACAUGUCAAUGCAGUCUAACGUUGAAUAUGAAGAAGAUGACAGGAAAGGGGAAAUUUAUGAUCCUUUCAGUCCGACGGAUGGAGAUAAAGGCAGAAGAAUGGGGGACGAAGAGGAGGAGGGAGAGAAAUAUGACCCUUUUGACCCAACUGGCUCUCCAGCAUCAGAUGUGGAUAAUGAGAUUGAGAAAGAGAGGGAAGUUGCCACAAAUGCUGAGGUAGAUGACGAGGAUAAACAGGAAGAACCUCCAGAUUCCACAGACACCUUUACAGAUCGGCUGAGCCCCUGUCCAGCCACCCAGCUCCCUUUGAGGAGAAGGGUGGAGAGCAGUGCUCUCAAAGCUAAAGAGCAUAAGCAGAAUUUUGACUCUGAUCAUUCUGAGAUAGAAGAGGGGGAGAUAGUCACAUCUCUUGACAAAGAUGGGACUAAUAAGAGACCUACUGAAAAAGUCCUAUCCCUAAACUCUCCUCAUGUGUCUUUCUUUGGCUCUAAACCAGAGCGCAUCCUCCGUGUGCUCGAUGGAGAUGGAUUUGUGUCCGUGUGUACAGAGGAAAACUGGGAGGAAGACAAAGAGCUUCAAAUUGAGCCUACAGUUGGAGUGGAGGAUUUGAGAAGGAAGCUGGUCAGUAGGAGGAAGGAAAGAUAUCACUCCUUUCCUGCCACCUCCCCUCUUUCUGCUCAGCCAGCACAGCCUCCCUCCCUUUCUCAAGCUUCUAGAUCCUCAUCCCCUCUCAUGGUUCCUGUAGAACAACCCAGUAAAACACACAAAUCCUCCAAGAGUUCCAAUGACCAUGACCAACAAAAAAGCAAAGACAGAAAAGCUGGAGACAAGGAGGCCAGAAGGAAAAAAAGAAGAAAGGGAAAAGAGGGGGAAAGAGAGAAGAGCAAAGAAAAGGAGAGGGGACACAAGGCUGUGAAGGAGGUUAAAACAAGGCGAAGCAGCAGAAGCAGCAGCCGAAAGAGGAAGAAGAGACGGCAUAGCAGCCCUGAUGCUUCACACAACACUUCUAGGAGAAGAGGUCACUCUAGACGCUCCUUUUCAAGCCUGUCGGAGGAAAGACAGAGAGAACGGGAAAGAGAGAAAGACAAGAACAGAGACAGAGGAAGAAGUAGAGAAAGAGACAAAGAGAGGCAUCACCACUAUAGCAGUAGUCAUAGAAAAGAUGAAAGAGUGAGAGAUCCAAGUUCUAGAAAGAGGGAAAGGGAGCGAACGGAUAAACGGCAUUCAAGAAGCAGAGAACGAGACAUCUCAAAAAGGUCCAGACGAAGUCUGGAAAGAAGGGAUAGUGAUAGAGAGAGACAACAUGAGAGGGAGCACCGCCGCGAUGGUCGUCCUGUUGUCCCUCCAUCUAUCCAAGACCUCAACGGAGCUGACCUUUUUGCUAUCAAGAGAACAAUUACAGUUACAACCACCACUACCACCACCACCGUACCUGGCUCCCCGAGACUUACCACAGCAUCCCCUUCCCAUCCCACACAGGUUGAUCAUUCUCUUAAGAGGAAGAAGAGAAAAUGGCAUUCAGUUGGGGACGCAGAGAACCAGGAAAGUUGUCGCAGCCAAUCACAGUCACCAUCUCCAUCGAGGUAUCAUGGCUAUGAGUCAGACCACUACUCCGAUAAAUUAGAGAUUGAUACGCUGUCUUUGGACGGUGAAGCUCUGGACUCCGACUACCCCUCUCUAGAAGAUACACCUCCUCCUGCUCUUCCUCCAGAACCACCUGUCCCCAGCCCUAAAGUUAAAACUCCCACCAAGCCAAGACGGAAUCACCCAAAGAAGAAGUCAAACGCACUAAAGAAAUCUGAAUCCUCCUCAUCUUCUAAUAGAACCACCAGUAAAUGCCUCUCCUCACUAACAGUCACUUCAGGCUCUGCCUCUGCUGACCUUCCCUUAGCCAAGCGAGGCAGAAAAAUGAGCAAAGACAAAGACCGGGACAAGGGCAGCAGAAAGGAUUUGAGUCGCUCUGGCAAAUCCAAGAAAGAGAGUGGAAGUGGUCGGAAAGGUAAGCUUCAGUCCAAAGUGUCUGUGCUGGUGCGUGAGGGUGUGAGCAGCACCACAGGGUCUUCAGUCGGCUCUGGAAAGUUGAGCAUGGACCUUCUAGGACCAGGAAGUACAGGAGGGGGAACUGGGGGUUCAGUUGUGGGUGGUUCAAUUGCAGUCGUCUUCUGCAGAGACAACGAAAGCAGGUCACCGUUUCUUAAACCUUGUUCAGAGCCACUGUCUUUGGGCAGCCGCAGCAAGGACCUGAGCAGUAUGGGAAAAAGAAUCAACCUGGCUGCACCACCUUCAACCUUAGCAAGCUCUGCAGUCCAAAAACCCAAGAAAACAAAAACCAGUUCCAUCACAUCCACCUCCUCUUCUGCGUCUUCACCCUCUUUGUCGCUAGCAACCAAGCGCCGCCGUCGCCUGGCCAAGAAGACCAGUAAAAAAGGUGGGGGUGUUGGAUUAGCUGCUGGAAAUGGCAGCCAAACAAAAGCCUUGUCUGAAGGCUGGGGCAGGGUGUCACUGGAUGUUCAGUUAGCUAGUGGAGAGGGGAGCAAGUCUGUCAGUCCACGUACUGUCCAAGCAGGCCCCCCUCCCUGUUCCUCUUCAUCCUCUACAUCCUCCUCCACUAGUGCCCUUCCACCCUCCACCUCUCCGCCACGCACACCUCCACCAUCCACGGCACCUUUGAGGGACAUCAGGGAGUCUUCCCCAGACUCUCAGACUGUGGACAGCAGCUGUAAGACACCAGACCCGUCUUUCCUAGUUGAAGACUGCCCAACUCAGACUAGCCCCAUUCCCCCAGCGUCCAGCCCCUCCAGCCUGUCAAUUCCCCAGGGAGCUGGCCUCAACACUGUCUUAUCAACACCCAUAGCCAAGCCCCCGCCUACGGACGACGCAUCCAAAUCUAUGGCCUCGCCUCCUUGUUCAUCCUCAUCAGCAGGCCUCAGUUCCUUUUCUUUGCCUCUGUCAUCAUCCGACCUUUCCUCCUCUUCCUCUGUAUCUUCUUCAUCUGCUAGCAAGCUGUUGCCACCUCCUCCCCCACCACCACCACCAACAGCCUCUGCCCUUCCCUGGAGUCUGCAAACCGGUGUGGACUGCACAACCGGAGGAGUUCUAGCACUUACUGCUCUGCUUUUCAAAAUGGAGGAGGCCAAUAUUGCCAGUAGAGCAAAAGCACAGGAGUUCAUUCAAGCAACCAGCCAGAUACUGUCACAAGCCAACCAGAGCCAGUCCCAGCAGCACGUUCCUCCUUCCUCGUCCUCCUCAUCCUCACAGAUCCCUCCACCUCCUGCUUUGCCUCCGCCUCCUGGUCUAAGCCCGGCCCAGUUCAUUCUCCACAGCUCUCUACCAUUAGUUGGCUGCACCAAAACUCCACCUUCUCACCUCCACUCUUCCUUGGGUGGUGGGUGUGCACAGACUCCGCCCCCCAUCAUGUCCGUGGGGCUGUCAGGGAUUACGGGCAGCUCUGGCGAAGCCUUGUUGGAUAACGAGAAGAAAGACCCAGAUAAGUAUUUGAAGAAGCUGCACACACAGGAGCGUGCAGUAGAGGAGGUGAAGCUCGCAAUCAAACCCUACUAUCAACGCAAAGACAUCAACAAGGACGAGUACAAAGACAUACUCAGAAAAGCUGUGCAUAAGAUAUGCCACAGCCGAACUGGAGAAAUCAACCCAGUUAAAGUCUGUAACCUUGUGAAGCUCUACGUCCAACGCUACAAAUAUUUCCGGAAACAUGGGCGCAAAAUGGACGAAGAGGAGCGGGAUGAGCCAGGAGCAUUUCAUACCUCUGUCUGAGUGGAGACUUUUUUAAAGCGGUUUACUCGCUUGUCUGAGCGAGUGUUGUUUUUAAAGUCUAUUUUGUUAAUACUUCUCAGUCACUGUAGAAGUCCUUUCUUUUCUCCCUAUAUUAUCACUAAAUAUGUCUUGCAUUGACAUUGUACCAUGAAUUCAGAGUACAGGGAGUAGAUUCUGUCUUACACAAGUUACUGCAGUCCAGAAUGAACCAUGAAAUAGGACUACCUUUGUGAAGAUGCAUGAUUGUUGCUCGUUUCUGUUAGAGGAUUUUACGAUCGAGGGAGCCAAUCACACGCUAGAUUUUCAAAUAUGUCACAUGUACCAGGCUGAGGACAGGUUUUUGUUUCCAGUCACACACAAGAAAUGUGUUGGACAAUACUGAAGGACACCCCUCAUACAAACGGAGAAACCAACAUGUGUACUUUUGUCUCUAGGCAGGCAGUUUGCAGUGACUGACAGCUGAACGACAGUUCAUUUCCAUUUAAACCUCUGAGUUUUACUGUGUCUGUGUUGUGUGCAUGUGUUACACAAGCUGGGAAAAGUCUCUAAACUUCGUUAUAAAAUGACUUGACCCGCAAACAUAAAUGUUGUUUGAAAAUGGGUUUGUAUUGCAGUGUUCAAAAUGACACCGCCCGCCCCCCACACACACGCAUAUAAAAUGUUUUUAUGAGAGAAUACAAGAUGAAAAGCUGUGUCAUGAUGCAGAUGAAGAACAACGACAAAGAAGAACACUAAAAAUAACCACCAGUCAUCUUCCUCUUGUUCUGGAGUCAGGUCUCAAGGGCAGCAGUUUAAGCAGGUCCAGCCACUUCUUCCAGCCCUUCUGGGACUCCAAGGUGUUCCCAGGCCAGCCAAUAGACCUAGACUUUCCAGCAAGUCCUGGGUAGUCCCCAGAGUCUCCUCCCAGUUGAACAUGCCUGGAGCACCUCCCUAAGGAGGCUUCCAGGGAGCAUCCCUACCAGAUGUCUGAACCACCUCAACUAGCUCCUCUUGACUAAAAAAAUAAUGUCCCUACCAAACUUGCAUGUAUGCGUCAGAAAGUCUGUCCAAAA